UAUGCCCUCAGCCUCCUGGCUCUGUAGGUGCCCUGUGUGUCCUCCUCAGCGCUGGGGCGGCUGCUGCCGUGGGCCGGGAGGCUGCCCAGGAGAAGGGUGAGCGAUGAGCAGCCCGUAGUAAGGGCCAUUUUUCCCGUGUGGCAUUUCCACAGCUGGCGGUGGGGUCAGUAAAAGCUGGAGGCCCGGGAUGGAAAUACCCGAAUGAAAGGCUGCGGGGCGCUGUCGCAGACCCUUUGGUUCGGCCCCGGGGGCGGGGCGGCUCGGCUCGGUACGGCACGGCCCGCCCCGCUCCCAGACCCGCUCCCUGCGCCGCCGCCUCAUGGAGCCGCACGGGCCCGCCUGCCCCGGCAGCGUCCUCUUCGGCUGUGAGCUGACUGCCAGUACCAAAUCCUACACAUUUCAGGUAGAUGAAGAAGAUGACUCUGACCACAUUUUAGCACUGUCUAUGGUGUGCCUCACUGAUGGUGCCAAGGACGAGUGCAACGUGGUGGAAGUGAUUGGGCGAAACCAUGAGAACCAAGAGAUUGCUGUACCUGUGGCAAAUCUGAAGUUGUCAUGCCAGCCCUUGCUGAGUCUGGACAACUUCAAGCUGCAGCCUCCAGUGACCUUUCGCCUGGCAGCGGGCUCUGGGCCAGUGCACCUCGCUGGCUGGCACAAGAUCAUGCACAGGGAAGAUGCUUCCUUUGAGGAGGAUGAUGACUUAUCUGAAGAGGAUGAGGAGGAGCUUCCUCCUAUUAUGCCAGCCAAGAAGUAGGAAGAGAAAGCAGUAACUUGUCUCCAGGCAAGGUAUUCACUGGGACUUCUCUCCCUGGAUGGUUUUUACCUUGGACACCUGUUGUCAGGACCUCAACAUUUGCUGCUUUUUUUUUUUUUUAAUGUUGUUUUAACUUUUAGGGGGAGCAGGGACUGCUCCCAGCACUAGGGUGCCUCUUUUCACACAGCCCUGGGAGGGUGAUCCCAAAACUGGAUGGAUGCUGCUGGUAUAUCGUCUCUCCCCAGUCCCUAUUAUGAGGAGGAUAGAGGAGGUGAUCCUUACCCUGUGCCUUUUUUGCUGUCCUGGACCUCUGCUCUAUGCACUCCCUUUCCCUGGCUGUGAAAUACUCAGUCCUGACCCUUCUCCAGCAGAUGGAUGUAAAGACAGUGGGACAGGCACUUUCACUGAUUCUAACUUGUUUGCUUUUGCUUACUCACAGUUUGGUGCUUUGUAUGUACUUGGAAGUGUGAAAGUGGGGCCCAGGCUCUGUUCUUGACUGCAGUAAUGGUGGGGUGGGAGUUCACAGCCUGUCUGAUUUGGGGGAGGUUCUGGGUCAACCUGCAUUGUAAAGAACUGUUCUUACACUCAAUAAAGAUCUCUCAGGCUCAGAUCUGAAGAAAAGUCA